CUAAUCUGGAAAGUGCCCUGGUCAGCUUGGUAGAUGACCUACACUGGGAGAUGGACUAAUUCUUCUGGACCUUUCUGUGACAUUCAGUACCAGUGUCUGCAUCGUCCUUCUGGACAACCUUGCCUAGAUGGGAAUGAAGGCACUGUUUUGUGGUGAUAGUGAUCCUUUCUGGUGGUUUCAGAGAUUGUGCUGGGUUUCAGAGAUUGUGCUGGGAAACUAGUGCUCCACCCCAUGACUACUGGCUUACAGAAUGCCAUGAGGUUUCAUCUUAUAUUUAACAUUUAACAUUUAUACUAAGCUGCUAGAUGAGAUCAUCCAGGGAUUUGGAGUGUGGGAUUAUCCAUAGGCUGAAUACAUCCAAUUCUAUCCCCCGCCUCUUUCAUCAGAUCCAGGUAGGGCACUUGUGGUUCUGAAUAGGUGUCUCAGAUCAGUGGCCAUGAGCAACAAUUUCUCAGCACUACAUCUGAGACCUGGAUGAAUGAUUGGAUAAGUGUAAUCUAGACAAGAGAUGGAGAUGUUAACAGAUUUGUGGAUCAGACAAUCUUCUAGCAGGUGUUUGAUCUGUUCUUGAUGGAGUUACGUUUUCCUAAAGGAUCGGGAUCAUCAAUUCAGGGUGCUCCCCUACAUGCCCAAAUGAUAGCUUAGGCUGAUAGGACAGCUGCAUUUUCUGCAGGAUAAGAAGGAUCCAGCCACUGUCAUUUAUGCCCUGGAAACCUCCAGCACAAACUCCUGCGAUGCAAUCUGUGGAGGGUUGCUUAAGAAAAACAUUUGGAUAUUGCAGCUGGACCAGAAUGUGGCACUGAGGACUGAAACUGGUGCUCACUGCAUGGAGCAUAUUUUUUUCCAGAGUGUACUAGAGCAUAACAUGGAACAUGUGACUUCAUCUUCACUGGUUCCCUGUUGAUUUCUAGGCCCAAUACAAAGUGCUGAUAUUGAUUUUUAAAGCACUAUGGACUGAUGACAGGAUACUUGAAAUAUUGCCUUAUUUCUUCAAUAUCUCAACAAGCAUCUAUAAUAGUGUUUAGGUAAUAUGCAAAUAUUUUGUAAUUUAUUUGAGCAAUUAAGCAAUUAAUUUCAAAAAGGCAAAUUUGUUUAAAAUCCAACAUAUUUUCCUAACAUAAUAGCCCAUAUUCAGUGUAGAUAUAGUAGGAAAAGGGAAACUUGAAUUAAAACCCCCACUCAUCCAUCAAGCUCAUUGAUUAACUUUUGGCUAGUCACCAUUGUUCAGGCUAACCUACUUCAUAGAGUUGUUGUGAUUGAGGACAAAGUGGGGUGGAAUUAGCCUGACCCUCUUCGGGGGAAAGCAAGAUAAACAUACAAUAAAUAAAUAAAUAAAAGCAAAAUAAAAUAGUCUUGUUUAAGUACCACUCAAUCUGAUAGGAUUCGAUAGUCAAAAUGGAAGUAUCACAUUGAAUUUAGAGGGACAAAUCACAACCACCUUCCUCCAUGUUAGGGCCAUUAUGUUGGGGAAACAUACCAGUAAAGUAUAGUUCUAUUAUUUCCACCAAAUCACUUUCAGUCCACAGAAAUGUAAAUCAAAAUAAACCUUCCCUCAGUUAGGAUAAACUUUUUCCUAGCCAAAGAAGUGAAUGGGAGAGAUAACUGCUUUAAAAACAAACAAAAAGCAGAAAUCAGAUUCAAUUGAUCAUAAAGACUUUUUACAAACAAUUUAUGAAUUAAGAUUUUAAAAAAAUUAAUUUAGCAGUGCAAAGGAACCUGAUAAAGGGGUUUUACCGACACCAGAUCUCAAUGACUAAUUUUAUGACGACAUCUUGCCUGCUCUGGGAAAUUCCUCUACAACCCAAACAUGACAUGCGAGAGGCAGGAGAGCAUAUAAGUCAGAGGGUUAGUAGAACUCAGUCAAACACAACUUCUGCAAGCCAGCAAGCAAGAAGCAAACAAGCAAGCAUUCUGCCUUUCAGGAGCACAGCCGAGAAAGAGAUCUUCUGCCUCACCAUGAAUGCCAACGUUGCUGUGUGUGCAGUUCUUGCUCUUGUCCUGCUCUCUGCAACUCUGACAGAAGGUGUCCCCCUGGCCCGGAUGGGAACUGAGCUCCGAUGCCAAUGCAUAAGCACCCAUUCCACAUUUAUCCCUCCCAAGAAGAUCCAGAAUGUCCAGCUGACACAAAGUGGGCCCCAUUGCCAGAAUGUAGAGGUCAUUGCCACUCUUAAGGACGGCAGAGAGGUAUGCUUGGAACCCACAGCUCCCUGGGUGAAGGUUGUCAUCAAGGCCAUCCUCGAUAAGGCUCAAGCCAAUAUCGAAUCACAGCUAUAAGGAGAGCUUCUGCAUCCCUCACAUCUUGCUUCACUGAAAGCAGCGGAGCCGUUUCAAUCCAGCCUCUUUUAAAAGUCACUUUAAACUUGGAAUGCUGAUUCCUUAUUUAUGUUCAAACUGCAUUAAUAGAAAGCAAGUUAUGAGUAUGGAUCAGAGAAACUCCAUUCACUGAAAGCAUGAAGACGAGAUGGGAAAUGAAGUCCUUUUGGAAAGCAGAAUGUAUUACUCAAUGUAGCUGCAAUAAUUGUGUUUACACCAAAGCAAUAUGAUAAGCCAAUUGGCAAUGGUGUGAGCCUUUCUGGCUGAUUAUUUAUUAAUGCUUGAAGUAUUAUUUAUUACUCUUGAAAUCCUCUGUGUCUCAUACAGGUUUUUUAAACUGGUUGUAUUUAAGUUGGUGUAAAUAUUUAUUUAAUAAUUUGUCAAGGAAUGAUUUUGAAUUUUCCCUGCUUGAGAAUUCCUCACCAAGAAAUGACAUACCGAAUUGCCACAGGUGUAUGUUAAGUGACCUUUUUCUUUAUUUAUGUAUUUAUGACCCCUGCUAAAAGAACUAAGAAAUGUUUUCAAAAGCAGUGGCUCUUAUAUUUAGUAGUGGGAGAUCCUAUCCAGCACUCAGACAGCGUUUUUCCAAUGACUGUUGUGGUGUCUCCUUUGUGAGCCCUUUUUCGAUAGGGAACUCUUCUGUUUCUUUACCUCUGUGAACCACUUUGGGAAUUUUUUUUUGUUGAAAAUUGGCAUAUAUAUAUUGUUUAUUUAUUGAACUACAAAGUUAAAUACUGUGAACAUAUUUUUGUACACACACUACUGAUUAAAUUAUUUUAAUACCGAAA